AUGCCCGGAGCGAAGCUGGGGGCCACGGGGUGCCACUUCUCCUGGAGCAAAACCCGCCUUGACGCAAGGAAGGGCACGGCCGUCCAGUCUGCUCACGUUCUCUCCAUGGACGAAAUGUCCAGGGAGCAUUGCAGGACCCGACAGGAAGUCUGCGGGAUGUUAAAAGGUCCUACGCCACUGGGAAUUCGGGAUUCUGGGAAGCAGCGGGGCCCAACUCUGUCCUCUCGGGAAGCACCGGAUCCCCAUUUUGAAGCCCUGGAUCCCCUUCAGUCCACUUCCUCCGCUCCCUCGCACGAGCUGCAGGACGCCGCCGGCGGAAAUCUAGAUAUCAGGCCGACCGCUUCCAUCUUCAUCUCAUCCUUGCCUGCUCGAACUCCGCCCGGCGACACGAUUUCUCCCUGCAACGGCGACGACAGCAGCAGUGACAACAGCCACCGGACGGACGGACGGGCGGGGACCACCCCCAGAGUCCCCCCAGAAUCCCUCCCAGCCUCGCGGCCCCUAGGCCGGAGUGGGACGGCAGCCAUGGAGCAAUGGUACGGCGCCCGGCUUGGCAAAUACCGUUUGAAAAAGGAAAACGCAAACGGCCGGCCCCCCCGAUUCCCCGGCGAGGACGGCCACCUGACGGUGGAAGACCUGGAAUUCCUGGAGAACGUGAGCUUCCCCUACAACGCCACGGACUGGGCCGACUCGACGUGCUGCCCGUCCCCGCCGUGCGGGCCGGAGGCUCGCCUGGCGGUGGACCGGGGCCUGCUGCCGGCCCUGUACGGGCUCCUGUUCCUGCUGGGCCUGCUGGGCAACGGGGCGGUGGCGGCCGUGCUGCUGGGCCGCCGCGGGCCCCCCCUGGGCGGCACGGACACCUUCCUCCUGCACCUGGUGGCGGCCGACGCCCUGCUGGUCCUCACCCUCCCGCUGUGGGCGGCGGAGGCCGCCCGCGGCUGGCUGUUCGGGGCGGCCCUCUGCAAGCUGGCCGGGGCCCUCUUCAGCGUCAACUUCUACGCGGGCGCCUUCCUGCUGGUCUGCAUCGGCUUCGACCGCUACCUGGGCGUGGUGCGGGCCCCGCGGCUGUACCGCUGGGGUCCCCGGGGCCGGGCCCCGCGGACGUGCUGGGCCGUCUGGGGCCUCUCGGCCCUCCUGGCCCUGCCGGACCUGCUGUUCCUGUCGGCCCGGGCCGAGCCGCGCCUCAACGCCACGCGCUGCCUGCACCUCUUCCCCCCGGCCGGGCGGACGGCCCUGCAGCUGCUGCAGUUCGGGGCCGGCUUCCUGCUGCCGCUGCUGGCCAUGGGCUACUGCUACGCCCGCAUCCUGGCCGUCCUGCUGGGCUCCCGGGGCCGGGGCCGGCGGCGGCGGCGGGCCACGCGGCUGGUGGUGGCCGUGGUGGCCGUCUUCGCGCUCUGCUGGACCCCCUACCACCUGGUGGUCCUGGCCGACGUCCUGGUGGACCUGGGCGCCCUGGCGCGCGACUGCGGGCGGGAGGCCCGGCUGGACGCCGCCCGCUCCGUGGCCUCGGGCCUGGGCUACCUCCACAGCUGCCUCAACCCGCUGCUCUACGCCUUCGUGGGCGACAAGUUCCGGGCCCGCCUGCGGCUGCUCUUGGCCCGCUGGGGCUACCCCGGGGAGGGCCGGAGGUGGGGCGCCUCCGACUCCUCCCGCUCCGAGCCCACCGAGGCCACCCACUCGGCCCCCGAGGCGGCGCCCACCGGGGGUGGGAGAAGAAGGCCGGACGAGCCGGACCCCUGA